UUCCCUCCCAUUCCGCUUCUCCAUCAACUCCAAAACCUAGCUAGUCGAGCUUUGUGUCCAGUUCUGCAAGUGCAAAUUCAGUUCUUCCUGUACUGUGUUGCUGUUGGAGGAUGGAUCAGAAAACACUGGCUGAAGGGGAACAAAACGUUUUGAAUUUUAAGUGUGCGAAGAUCCUUCAUGGAGCUGAUAAAUCUAUCGCUUGUCAGACUCCAGAGAAGACUAGUGAGCCCUUACCCGCCAAACUCAAGGAAGGAUCCACACAGCUUCCAGAAACAUACAAGGCUUUAGAAGAUUUGUUUGACUCUAUGAGUUGUUCACUGAGGUUGCUUCGUCUGUGCAAAAAAUCUACCACGUUUCAAAACAUCUGUUCCCAGGUUGAAGUUCUUGCUAAAAGAAAAUUCUUGUACAGGGAUCUUGGGCAGAUAAAGUAUAUACUUCCUGAAGCCAUAUGCAUAGAGAAGGUAUUAGUACAUGAUAAUAGAAACUUGUGUAUGAAGCCUGAUUUGAAGAUCACCUUGGUACAUGAGGUUGUGCUAGGACAAUCUAAAGAAACUACUUAUGUGGCUCUCCGGCAACUUUUUGGUUUUAGGCUGCUUGAGUUCUUCAAUACGCAUCCAGAGAAUACUGAUAUCCCAGAAGCUACUCUACCAGAACCUUUUCAACAAAGAAAUAGCUUGAUUUGUGAGGACUUGCCUGUAGAUCCUUCUAUACUCUCAUCAUCAACUUCGGAUCAAAAUCAACAUCUAUUACAGGAAUGUCAGCCAUAUCCUUUAAAAAGGCAUUUCUCAAAGAAUAAUGCUGUGUCAGAGACAGAAAAUAACGUUGUAACAAGUCCAAUUGGUCAGUCACAUCAUUCAUCUGAUUGCUUGGAAAAUGAAGGAGGUGAAGGUGGCAGUGAAUGGCAGAAAAAAUGUACUACUUCAUAUUUGAAAUCUGAUAGCACAAAUGAUCAGGACAUGGAAAAAGGACAGCAGAAUGAAUCAUGUUCUAUGGGAUUCCAAUGUAGUGUUGUUAAUACACCAGCACGUCUGAUUUGCUCUCCACAGUCUGUUAGUUGUGGUAGUUAUGAAAGCUCUCAUCUCAAGAUUGCCUCAUCCACAGAUAUGUUAACGACAGAGACACCUGCUCAGUCAACACCUAGAAGAUUGGCACCCAGUUCUGAUGUUAAACUUGAGAUUAUGACCACCCAGAAUUCAAUCUCAUGCAAUAAGCAUGUAAAAAGAGUUCUUUUUUCACAUGAAGGUGAUUAUGAUGGUGACAAGUUAGAAUCAAGUAGAGAUGCUUGUGAUAACAUCCCUGAAGAUGGACGAGCAUGCACUGAGGAUUUUAGUGUUUCUAAUUUUGUUGUUCUAUCUCAGAAGGUAUGCCUUCUGACCCUACUCCUAUUUUUUAAUUCUUCAAGGCAUGGUAUACUUCCGGAAAUCAUUCAUAAUUCCAUGCAAUGA